UCCCCAAACCCUAGCCCGCCCCCACCCGCCCACCCGUUGAUGACCUCCGCCGCCGCCGCCGCUGCCGUAGAUGCACAGGCUCUCCCUCCUCCCCGCCGCCGCCGCAGCGACCGCCUUCAUUGACGCCGCCACGGCGCCCUUCCUGCUCCCGUCCUCCCCCAUGCCCUCCCUCCGCCUCGGCUCCCCCGCGCUCCUCGCCGCGCGCCGGGGCCCGCCGCCAUGGCUGCGCUGCGGCGGCGGGGCGAGGAGGGGCGCGUUCUGCACCCUCGAGGCCUCCAGGCGCGCGGACGGCGGGCCGGAGGACGAGAGGCGGGGCGGGGGCGGGGACGGGGCCCGCGCGGCGGCCGAGAGGAGGCUGCGGGGCGUCAGCGCCGUGGCGGGCAGCGGCGAGCUCCUCGCCAUCCCCGGCGUCGGCCCGCGCAACCUCAGGAAGCUCGUCGACAACGGCUUCGAGGGCGUCGCGCAUCUCAAGCAGCUCUACAGGGAUAAGUUCUUUGGAAAGUCUAGUGAGAAGAUGGUUGAGUUCUUGCAGAGCUCGGUUGGCAUCAUACAUAAGAAUCAUGCUGAGAGUAUCACUUCAUUCAUUAAAGAUAGUGUUGUUGAGGAGUUAGAUGAUACCAGCUCAUCUAAGCCUCCACAGAAGAAGAGGCUAACCUUUUGUGUGGAAGGAAAUAUCAGUGUUGGAAAGAGCACUUUUCUCCAGAGAAUAGCUAAUGAGACUAUUGAACUACGUGAUCUUGUUGAAAUUGUACCUGAACCUGUUGCUAAGUGGCAGGAUGUUGGCCCUGACCACUUCAAUAUACUGGAUGCCUUCUACGCUGAGCCCCAGAGAUAUGCUUACACGUUUCAGAACUAUGUGUUUGUGACAAGAGUUAUGCAAGAAAGGGAAUCUUCAGGUGGCAUCAAACCUCUCAGACUAAUGGAAAGAAGUGUUUUUAGUGACAGGAUGGUAUUUGUCCGUGCUGUUCACGAAGCUAACUGGAUGAAUGAGAUGGAGAUCAGCAUCUAUGAUUCCUGGUUCGAUCCUGUGGUGUCAUCGCUCCCAGGUCUUAUCCCAGAUGGAUUUAUUUAUCUAAGAGCCAGCCCAGAUACUUGCCAUAAAAGGAUGAUGCUCCGGAAAAGAUCAGAGGAAGGUGGUGUUAGUCUUGACUACUUGCAAGGUUUGCAUGAGAAACAUGAGAGCUGGCUGUUUCCUUCGAAAGGAGGAGGCCGUGGUGUAUUAUCAGUUAGUCAGCUGCCCACACAGAUGGAGGGCAACUUGCCUCCAGGGAUAAGGGAUCGUGUCUUUUACCUGGAAGGAGAUCACAUGCAUUCUAGUAUCCAAAAGGUUCCUGCUCUGGUCUUGGAUUGUGAACCUGACAUUGAUUUCAACAGAGACAUACAAGCGAAACGACAGUAUGCCCAGCAAGUUGCAGAGUUCUUUGAAUUCGUGAAUAACAAAAAGGAAGCUCCAUCUGAGCAAACAAGCACUGAGAAGGACCGCAUGAAUCCAAAGAUCAUGUUCCCUAACAAAGGCGGUUUGUGGGUCCCUGAAGGUGUGCCGCCUUUCGCCGGCUCUGCAAUGAAUCUGGAUUUCAGAAGAGCCAUGUCUUCAUAUCUCCCAACUUAAGGCCUCAGCUUCCGAAGUACCUGGGCCUGUUUGGUUGAAGGCUAAGAAUGCCAUAAUCAUGCUAACUUUUUGUCGAAAUCUGUCUCAUGGCCAAGGAAAAGGAGCCACAAGCACGACAAGCUUAGCUAAAAAGACCAGUGCCUGUGACAGAUGGGCCAUGAGGCUAAGCAGGUUGUGGCAAGCCAUAGUUGUGGUAGGCAACCAAACGCAGGACCCUCAGCUCACUGACCUUGUAAAAAUCGCUGAUGCUUUUCGCUAGACCUAUUAGCUUUGCCUUAUGCUAGCAGAUGAUGUAGAGUAGUGUGUCCGUAUCCCCAUCUUGUAAAUUGGCGAUCUCACUGGUAGUUUCACGUUCUGUGGUAGCAUUAGCCCAUGUUUAUCUAGCAUUAGCCUCAGUUUAUCUGAACUAUGGUCAGGAGGACCGAUGUGUGUACCGCAUGUUUUGUUGCUGGCUGCAUUUUGUUUAGAGAGGAUCAAGAACUGGUACUACAUCGUUGGCUAAAUGUGCCGUCCACUUGUUUACUGUGGUUUAGUCAUCUGGAAGUUUA